AGUUUCCUCACUAACCAUUAACCACUAUAUUUUUUUUUUUUUGAGCUGCUUUGAGAUGUUCAUGGUCUAUUCCAGUUGAAAGUGACAAAAUUAAGAGUUUUGGGUGUUUUUAUAUUUGCUAUACAGGCAUGAAAAUAGUAUUAAUAUUCUCAAUUAAUUCACAAGAAAAUAACUACAUUCAGUUCUGUUUGUGAUUUGCAAAAUGUUCGCUUAUCUGCAAAUUUCAUUAUUGGGUUUUUUAUUAUUUUCGCACUACUUUCAAAAAGUGUUAAAAUGAAUUACAAAAUAAUGCUCUUUUUACACUGCAGACAUUUUUGUGGCAUUAGAGCAGGUGUUGCUAAUGAUGGCUCGUUUUUAUUGAAGUGCUCCAGUAAUUCAUGACAGCCUAACAGUGAGCCUGCACAUGACACCAGGACACUGAAACUGGCCCUAAAUGGGAUUCAGUCAUCAUUAAUUUUAUUUUUUACAUGUCCUUUUCCUCUUUUGGCAUGUCAGUUUAUAAUUAAAUAGAAAAUAGAACAGGGGCAAGUCUCAUAUGUAUGAGGGUGUGAAAGGCAAAUCUUUGGUAAUUUCACUUGAUAAAUUCUAAAAGAGAAUAAAACAACAUAUCAACAAAAUUGGCUGCUUUUUUGUUAGUCUUUGUUUGCAUUGCAUCUUAUUUGGCCAUUUCUUAAUUUAUUAUUGUCAUAUUUCUGUCUGUAUGUUUGUGCAGCCACCAGAUCCCCUUGCUCUUAAGUCUAAUCUGAGGCUCUCCCCAUCAGAGCUGUCCUACUGCAGCACUGCAUCGCUGUGGCACUUCCCCCUUCCGUGACGUCACACACUACAUCUCAUCCAGGGGGCGUGUCCAACAGAAAUCCCCAGCCAGGCACAGAUGUAGCUGCAGAUCUGCUGAGAGGGAGAGGCAGAGAGGGAGGAAGAGUCCGAACACACUGCAGAGGGAGUGCAGCUAUGGGGAACGCGCAGGAGAAACCCCCAGGCAGUGGCGGAGGGGGAGGCAGAUCGGAUCAGGCCACAGCUAACAGUGGGUCAAAAAGCCAGGGUGGAAGCCGGGUGGAGAAGCCCCAGACCCACAGAGCUCCAGAGAAGGGGGUGGCCAAUGGUCGGGAAAACAGCCCUGCAGUGGACACAAGUUACCUGGAUGCCCCUGCUGGGGCCCUUCCUCUUCACCUGGCCCGACUCAAGAAUGAAGGGAACCACCUCUUCAAACAUGGCCAGUUUGGGGACGCCUUGGAGAAGUACACACAGGCCAUUGAUGGAUGUGCUGAAGCAGGCGUCGAUAUUCCAGAAGACCUGAGUAUUCUCUACGCCAACAGAGCAGCCUGUUACCUGAAGGAUGGAAACAGUACAGACUGCAUACAGGACUGUACCAAGGCUUUGGAGCUGCAGCCCUACUCCUUGAAGCCCCUGCUACGCAGAGCUAUGGCCUAUGAGUCACUGGAACGCUACAGAAAGGCCUACGUGGAUUACAAGACCGUUCUGCAGAUAGACAACGGAGUGCAGGCAGCUCACGACAGCGUCCACAGGAUCACCAAGAUGCUUAUUGAGCAGGACGGACCUGCGUGGAGAGAGAAGCUUCCUGAAAUUCCCAUUGUCCCCCUGUCAGUCCAGCAGCAACACAGAGAGAAACCGGUCAGCGCCGAAGUGGCUCGAGCCCGAGCUGCCAGAGCUGCACAGGAGGAAGCCAGAAGAAAAGAGACCCGCUUCACUUUACUGAAACGGGAAGGCAACGACCUGGUCAAGCAAGGCCGCUUCCAGGAGGCUCUGCAUAAGUACAGCGAAUGUCUCAGCCUGAAACCUGACGAGUGUGCGCUCUACACGAACAGAGCCAUUUGCCUCCUGAAACUGAAUCGUUUUGAGGAGGCCAAACAGGACUGUGACUCUGCAUUGCAGCUGGAGCCAAGCAACAAGAAAGCCUUCUACAGACGAGCCCUGGCUUAUAAGGGUUUACAGGACUACCUGUCGGCCAGCAGCGACCUCCAGGAAGUCCUCCAGCUGGACCCCAACGUCCGCGAGGCCGAGCAGGAGCUUGAGGUGGUGACGGGUUUGCUGAGGCAGAGCCUGAUGGACAGCAGUGCACACACACCUCGGGUUUGAUGUUUGUCUGUGGACCUCUAUGGAGGCAGAGGAAUGAAACAGGUGUGGAUACAUACUGUACCGUCGCACAUGCGGAGGAAACAAACUUUUAAAGCCUUCAGCUCUGAUAAGUGAGGCUUGUAAAAAUGGAAAUGAUUGGCAUUAACUCCGGGGCUCCUCAGACAACCAGCUCUCUUUCAGCUCUACACCGCAACCCCUGAGUACACGACCUUACGUAACAGGCAGCUUUAUUGAAAAAGGCUAAUGUCAAUGUACUCGUGACCUGCUUGCACAAGAAAUCAUUCACAUCAUGGUGUAAUGUCAUGUCUGUACAGAUUUGCGUAACAGACUGAAGAGCGCCGGGAAAGCAAAAGUGUAUUAUGUGUGCCUUAUCAAGAUUUCUACCACCUUUAUGGUGAAAUGCGCCAAGAUUCAAUGUUUUAUUUUAAUUUGUUGGGGUUGUGUUUGGCCACAAAAAGGUUCACCGAGCUUGUGAGGAAAGCACCGAGAUAAACUGAUUCAACUCAACUGUAUUGUAUGGAGACAGAAGGAGUUUGCAGUACAUAUUCUCUAUGUAUUCUAGAGUUUCAUCCCUUCCAGCUUUUCAAGAUGUUUGUCAUUGUUUACAUGUAUUUUCAUUACAGCUGCUGCUAAAAAAAAAAAAAAAAAGAUAAGCCAAUGACUUAAUGUAAAACAUCCUACAGCUUCUCCAAAGUGAGGCGUUAUGACUUACUUAAGUUAAGAUGCUAAAACAAUGAUUUACCACAGCUGGAACAUGACGAACAACAGCUCAGUUUAAGUCGUGUUAAUUAUUGUCACUUCAUCGGUUCAGUAAAAAUCCAGCUGCUGAAGUUACAGAAUACUUAAUCUUGUACUGUAAGACUUACUGUGGGUCUCAGGUUCUUGAAUGUAACCACGAUGACUGUGUGUGUGGAUCUUUAUUUGAUUAAGUGUACAGAAUUUACGUUUGAAAAUUCUCUUAUCAAAAUACCAGGAUUUUUAUUUUUAUUUUUUUUUUUUGAAUGUGACCUUAACUGGCAAUCCUUCCAGCUGCAACAGGGAGCAAGGGAAGGAAGACCGUUUUCACCCUUUUUAUUUGCUUUGCUCAAAGAGCCCCUCGCAGCCUCCAUUCAACAGAGAUCAGAUAGGCUUUGCAUUAAACAUACUGUCAGAAUACAAAAAAUGUGGGGGUGACAGGACCCCAAUCCAUCUAGCAUUGAGCCAUGUUGCCAUUCAACAGGUUGACGUCGUUUAACAAAAAUUAUUUUGGAAGCUACAAGUCACAAACUCUCAACCCGUUCUCAUGGUCAAAGACAACAUGAAAGGUUGAACAAACGCCACAUUAUUUGGCAGACUAUUAAAAGUCCAGAUAAGCAUUGUGAACUUAGGUUAAAUAAGGUCAACAAGCUUCCCACCUUUUUAAAGCCCUGCAGCUACACCUGAUCCAUUCACACAGGUGUUUCCACUUUGCUUACCUGAUUUGAGACCCCUCAGGUCCAUAUGGAUGUGCACACAGCUUGAUUUAUAGCUAUGUGUUAAUCAUCAUUUUUCAACAUUUGCUGUUUCCAGCUUCUUCGUUGUAAUAAUUUGAUGCUUUUCUUUGCUGUUUCUCGUAGUAAAUGAAGUCUGUUUCACUUUAAAGAUGAAACAAUUGAAAAUGAUUGACACAAUGAUUGAUAUAGUGAAGUGCAGCCCCCACUUUUCACACAAAUUGGACCUUUGUCCAUGUUAAUCCUUCAGUAGAGCGGCUGUCUAAUUGAGGAAAGUAACUGAACACACCUGUGCAGUGUCCACGAUGCCACCGCCGCCUCCACCUCCUCCUCCCUCCUCACUGAUGUACAGAAACAUGGCACUGCUUCCCUCUUUUGGUGAAGCAGGCGGAGAGGAUGAUAGCAGGCGGUGGGUGAAGGCUGUUUGGUUAUU